UCUCUCUCUCUCUCUCUCUCUCCCCUCAGCCAAUCUGCGCACAGUGACGCUGCGCAAAGGCUGGAUCUAGUCUUGGCUUCAUCAUCAUAUUUAACACACCCACCCAGAUUCACACAUGCUACAAGAGGUGCAUUCUCUUAUCCCGCUGUACUCCUAGAGGUUGCGUGGCCCCUGCGGGAGGAUUUCUGUCUCCUGUUACCUGUGCAAUUUAUUGCGUUGGCUCGCCUCGGGUGAUUAGUCUGGACUCGUUGUGACAGAAUUACGCACCCUGGAUCGCUGAAGUGGAUGAGAGCACGCACGUCGACUACUUUCCGGGGACUUUCCCUCAAAAUAUUUAAAUGUGAAGAGCUGCACUUCUCGCAUUUUUUUCCGGGCCGAAGUCCCAGCGGAUCCACGGCUGCUCUUCCCCGCACAGCAUCGAGGCUGGAUGGUGAGACCGAUGCGCGCCCUCGAACCUCUUGGACACGCACGUUUAACGGAUCUUUUCCCCCGCGUGUCACAGCUGCUUUUGGAUCCUACUCACUUGUCUGCUUCUCUGUAUUUCCUCUGAAGUAUUUGGUGGUAGACAGGAGAGGGGAGAGCGGCAGUGUGAAGAGGAUGUGGCUUGCGCAAAUCGACCGCUGGUGUGAACCGACUCGACCUGUUUUACCUGGACGCUUGCGGAUGAUUUUGCGCUUCUGAAAUCUCGUCUGGACCCCCGCGCGGAUAAAGCAGGACUCUGAUGUUGAAAAUACAAAGGCUGAACACUGAAUCCUUUACUCAAGACGGCAAGUGAAGAUGGGUCAUACGUGUUUAAUGUGUAUUUCAUUAGAUUGGCGUCCAGUCUAAUAAACAUCAUCAGCGAUGUAGUCAGCUUGUUCAUCUGCGUGCUGAUCAUUUGCAGUAAAUACUCACAUCUGCUCAAAAGGGAGACCAUGAAGAUGAUCCUCCUGCGCAAAUUCCGGUUUUUGAUCCUCAUGGUGUUCCUCAUUGCAUGCUCGAUGCACAUAAUGAUAGACUUGUUACCAAAACUGGAGAGGCACAGCAACAGCGGCUGCUCCUGCUCCCACACGCCGAGCGAGGAGCCUCAGAGCUGGGGGAAGCAGGGCUGGCCUAACAAGCACACCCUGCGGAUCCUCCAGGACUUCAGCAACGAGCCCAGCUCAAAUGUUUCCUCCCACUCCCUGGAAAGGAUCCCGGUUACAGGCGACAAAACACAGGCUCUCAGGAGGCUUGAGUAUCACGGGCAACGCGGUGAAAGGAAGAGACAGUUCAUCCAAGACGCCACGGUGACCAAGAACAUGCCGGUUAAGAGUUCAAGGUUGUCGGCUCUCUAUGACCAUCCCUUAUAUAAAAGAUCCGUGCCGCCUCUGACAGACGAGGACACGCUGUUCAACGUCAACACGGACAUCAGAUUUGACCCCAAAGCAGCAGAAGAUCAGGCAUGGAAUACUGAAGGCAACGUUGACGAGUUCAGCCCAACGGGGGAGCUGACGGCCGACUCCUACCCCAACUGGCUCCGCUUCCACAUUGGGAUUAAUCGAUAUGAGCUGUACUCCAGACACAACCCGGUCAUCGAUGCUCUCCUGAAAGACCUGGUCACCCAGAGGAUCACCAGCGUCGCAAUGAAGUCUGGAGGCACUCAGCUCAAGCUCAUCAUGACCUUCCAGAACUACGGCCAGGCUCUCUUUAAACCCAUGAAGCAGACCCGGGAGCAGGAGACCCCACCAGACUUCUUCUAUUUUUCUGACUUUGAAAGACAUAACGCUGAGAUCGCUGCCUUUCAUCUGGACAGGAUCCUGGACUUUCGUCGUGUCCCUCCUGUGGCCGGCAGGCUUGUCAACAUGACAAAGGAGAUCCGAGAUGUCACACGAGACAAAAAGCUCUGGAGGACCUUCUUCAUUUCACCAGCCAACAACGUGUGUUUCUACGGAGAGUGUUCGUACUACUGCUCCACUGAGCAUGCUCUGUGCGGGAAACCGGACCAGAUAGAAGGAUCCUUGGCUGCCUUCCUCCCAGACCUGGCCCUCGCCAAACGCAAGACCUGGAGGAACCCGUGGAGACGCUCCUACCACAAACGCAAGAAGGCAGAAUGGGAGGUGGACCCGGACUACUGCGAGGAAGUCAAACAGACUUCACCUUACGACAGUGGGACACGACUGCUAGAUAUCAUGGACAUGACCAUCUUUGACUUCCUCAUGGGAAACAUGGAUCGCCACCAUUAUGAGACAUUCGAAAAGUUUGGAAAUGAGACCUUUAUCAUCCAUCUGGACAAUGGCAGAGGCUUUGGAAAGCACUCCCAUGACGAGGUGUCCAUUCUGGUGCCAUUGACCCAGUGCUGCAGGGUAAGGAAGUCGACCCACUUGCGUCUGCAGCUGCUGGCUAAGGAAGAAUACAAGCUGUCCGUGCUCGUGGCAGAAUCCCUGGUGAGGGACCGCCUCAGUCCCAUCCUCAUCCAGCCACACCUGGAUGCCAUGGACCGACGACUACGCCAGGUGCUGAAUGUGCUGUCAGAAUGCAUUGAAAAGGAGGGCUACAGUUACGUUGUAGAGGACGACCUCCAGGGGCACCAAGGAAGAGAUCACGCCCACACCGGCCCACGACGGAGGUAGCUGUCUUUGGGCGCUGGCAGCUGGAUAGGACUGAAUCCCUGGAGAUAGAAGACUGGACUGAGCAGAUCUCUUAAAACUGAACUGCCAUCCUGUUACACAGAUGAGCUCCAUCUGUACUGAAUUUCUCAGAGGGCUUGAUUGUUUUGCUUAACUUACAGGGAAGCCCACCUGCCUGAGGUUAAUAUAAGCUGUGUGGAAGUGGAGGCCUGCUGGAUGGGACUGGACAAACAGUGCAAUGACUUGACUUGAGACGCAGGUGAUGUCGAAGACUUCUGGAUGGAUCUGGGGCCGGGUCACAAACGAAACUGAACCCCCCGCCCCUACAUCACCCAGACUCCUUAAAAUAUCCAACCCUGACUCUAGUGUAGGAUAGUGUCACCGCAGCUGACCCAAACACCCAACGACCCACCGCAGCACUACCAAACCAUGAAAGUCUUGCAAGAGACGCCUUCUCUCUGUCUUGUUCAGGACCCUUUUUUUGAAUUCAGUGAAUUCUGAGGGACUUGUAAAGAAUAUCCCUCCCCCCCUCCCCUCCCCUCCCCCCUAUCUCUUCACAAGCUGAGUUAUGUGUUUAUACAUAUUGUUGGUAUCGCAAGUGGCAAUCGGUUGAACAUUCAUAGUGGAAGAAGAGCUGGAGGUUGAAUUCCUGUUGUCUUAAUUAUAAAAAUGAUGUUUUAUUGAUUUGCUGAAAAAAUGUUUUAUUGCAUAGUGUCUUUUUUAUUGAGUUUUUGCUGAGCUUCAGCUUCUAUCAUUGGUAUUCAAGAUGGAGAUAUUUGAUUGGAGUGCAGGUUUACUCCUGGAUUAAUUUUGCCCAUAAAUGUUACUUGUACUUGAGAGAGUAUUUAUUAAAAUUCAUAUUUAUUGUUUGAAAUGAAUACUAAUCAGUAACAGAACGUCAUCAGUUUUCUGUUAAAAUGAACUAUUGAAUUUAUAUCACAGUGGUGUACUUCCUCAUUUGUCCAAAAGAGGGCAAACUGAGCAUGUGCAAAAGUGGCUGCAGGUCCUUGCCUCUCAGUAAAGUUAACCCUCUCCAUAUUUCACCCCAUUCCAAGCAUCAAGCUCGCUUUAAAAUUGGUUUAUAGCAACCACAAGUAUUGGUUCGAUUUGAAUGAGCAAGUCUCUGCCUGUAUUUGCAACAUUUAUUCCAGCUACUGUUUCUGUUUUUAUUUCUUUCAGUACAGCAGAUAUGAGGUUAGAUUUAUGGUACCAAAAGCCAAAUGUGACACCAAUAGUUUUAUAUUAUUGUUUCUUUGUAAUAUAUUUGAUGUCCAGAUGUUGCUGUUGUGGAGAGAUUAUUUUUCAGGAUGUAUAUUUCAUUCAUAACCAACAGCUGAUAGCUUAACUGUUGGUUUCAACGAUUCAGUCACUGGCUGAAAGUUAAUAUAUACAUUAGGAUAAUCUAGUGCCUGUGCAAUGAUAGAAAUACUUGAAUGUCUGGUUUCAUAGCAGAAAAAGGUUUGAACUCCUCCCGGGUAUGAGCUAUAGAUAAGAUACAGAGGUCUACAUAUAUGUGUUUGCUGACUCCAUCUGUUCCAUAGGGGUUUUAUUAUAUGUCAUGUCAGUACAGUGUGUAUGGAGGUAUGGGUGGAUCCAUGGAGAACCUUUAGAUGAUGUGUUCUUAAAAGUGAAAAUGCUUCUUUUUUUAUUCAACUCAUUGUUUCUGUGGAUUUAUUUUUUUCAUUUCUUUGCAUCAUGGUAAAAGUGCAAUAAAACAAAAUAAGCAGAAUAUUAUAGUAAUACUAUGUUUUCCUCAGAAGUAACAGCUUGUUAGUGUGUAUGUGUUUUUGAAGAGAUGAUUCAUAUUUAAUCAUCAUGGAAGAUAACAAACGUAAUAUAGUUUAUAGUAUUAUAUUAUUAUAUAUAGUAAAGUCUGGGUGAUCGUUCUUGAUUAUAAAACAUGAAUCACCUUUUCAUGAAAGUGAAAACACAGGAAGAAUCCAGCCAGCUGAAGCGAGUGGAUGCAGUUUAAGGUGGAACCUGCACAAAUGACACAUACACACACACACACACACACACACACACAAAGAAAAUUUCUUUCCAGAAAAAUUAGUGGCUUUAAAGUUUGUGGCUGUGUAGCACUAAAACCUAAAUAGGUUUCCACCAAGUUUACAAGACUUGAAAAAGUUCCCUUCACUGUUUUCACAGGCUGAGUACUUAUUCCCGUACCUGGUAAAUCGACUUCAACAUGUAAAGUCAGUGGAGUACCCCUUUAAAGGACCACUACAGUAAGUACUUUGACCUUAUUUGACCUAAACUUGUGACCAGAAAUAAUUACAACAGCUUCUUCCCCCAUUCAACAGUUCAUUCAGCAAUUAAACCUCUACUCCUUAGUGCUAUUUCAAGCUUCAAAUAAUCACAGAUGGUCCUUUGAUGCAGUAAACACUAUCAGGACGAAAGCAACAUAGAAAAUGAUGCUAUAAUAAUAAUGAUAAUAAUGAUAAGAAAAUAAAAUACAAUUAUAAACAAGCUAGAUAAAUAACUUUAUAUAUCUAUACAAAAACUGGUCACACGGACAGUGAUUAACUAAAGAGUCGUACAAGUCACAGCAGACAACAUAUGAAAGCCAUACUGCUACAACAACAGCAGUAACACUAACACACAGACUAAAACAUAUCCCAAGAGGGCAUUAGCGUUGCUAGGACCAAACAACUAGCCUGGCUCUGUGUGCCUACCAUCAUCUUUAAAGCUCACUAAUACUCUUGGAAAGAAAGCGAAUAAGGGUGUUUCCCAACUAUUCCUUUAGUAAUCUUUUUAAAGUCAUAGCUUGCCAAAGAAAAAAUUAUGAAAUUGAGAUCAUUAACUGUAUCAUGUCCACAAAGGUUGGAAUUAACAGACUUGUAGCUCAUAAAAACCUGAGUUAAUGUCAUCCUGCAAUGAUGGGAGAUCAGGCUUUGGAGUUGUAUUGAGGGUGUUGUUUUUUUUAGUUUUUGUAAAACUUGAUUCCUUACGAGUUAAUUAUUUAUUUUUUAUAAAUAAGUUCCUCUGUUGUGAAAAAUGUUCCACAACUACAGCUAUUAGCUCCAAUAAAGAUAAACACAAUGA